AUGUCUUCUGAGAACGUCUUCCUCAUAUGGGGUGGUGAAGGAUGGGUUGCUGGUCACUUGAAGACUCUCCUCGAGAGCCAGGGAAAGAAGGUCUAUUCCACCACGGUUCGCAUGCAGAACAGAGAAGCUGUCAUUGCUGAGCUCGAGAAAUACAAGCCCACCCACGUCCUCAAUGCUGCUGGUUCCACUGGCAGACCCAAUGUCGAUUGGUGCGAGGAUCACAAGGAGGAGACCAUUAGAAACAACGUUAUCGGUACCAUUAACUUGGCCGAUUGCUGCUACGAGAAGGGAAUCCACAUCACUGUCUUUGCUACUGGAUGCAUCUACGCCUACGAUGACAAGCACCCAAUUGGUGGCCCAGGUUUCCUCGAGACCGACAAGGCCAACUUUGAUGGUUCUUUCUACUCCGAGACCAAGGCACACGUUGAGGAGAUCAUGAAAAACUACAGCAACUGCUUGAUCCUUAGACUUCGUAUGCCAGUCAGCGACGACCUCCACUCCCGUAACUUCGUCACCAAGAUCGCCAAGUACGAGCGUGUCGUCGAUAUCCCCAACUCCAACACCAUCCUCCACGAUCUCCUCCCUGCCUCCAUCCUCAUGGCCGAGCACAAGGAUACUGGCAUCUACAACUUCACUAACCCAGGUGCCAUCUCCCACAACGAGGUGCUGUCCCUCUUUAAGGAAUUCGUCCGACCAGACUUCACCUGGAAGAACUUCACAUUGGAGGAGCAAGCCAAGGUCAUCAAGGCCGGCCGAAGCAACUGCAAGCUCGACACCACUAAGCUCAUCAAGAAGCUCAAGGAAUACAACUUCGAGGUUCCCGAGGUUCACGAGGCUUACAAGGGCUGCUUCCAGCGCAUGCAUGCUGCGGGUGUGAAAUAA